AUGGGCAACACCGUGCACAGGACCCUGCCAGACCCGAGCCCGCCGGCUCGCCUCCUGGCCACCCGGCCGUGCUGUGGCCCCGGCCCCGAGCGGCGCCCAGUCCUGGGCGAAGCGCCGCGCUUCCACGCACAGGCCAAAGGCAAGAACGUGAGGCUGGAUGGCCACUCACGCCGGGCCACUCGACGCAACAGCUUCUGCAACGGCGUCACGUUCACGCAGCGGCCCAUCCGGCUGUACGAGCAGGUACGGCUGCGCCUGGUGGCCGUGCGCCCGGGCUGGAGCGGCGCGCUGCGCUUCGGCUUCACGGCGCACGACCCAUCGCUCAUGAGCGCCCAGGACAUCCCCAAGUACGCCUGCCCCGACCUUGUCACGCGGCCUGGCUACUGGGCCAAGGCGCUGCCCGAGAACCUGGCGCUGCGCGACACCGUGCUGGCCUACUGGGCGGACCGCCACGGCCGCGUGUUCUACAGCGUCAACGACGGCGAGCCCGUGCUCUUCCACUGCGGUGUGGCCGUGGGCGGCCCGCUCUGGGCGCUCAUCGACGUCUACGGCAUCACCGACGAGGUGCAGCUCCUCGAGAGCGCAUUCGCCGACACGCUGACGCCCGCGCGCCUCAGCCAGGCCCGCUUCAGCGCCUGCCUGCCGCCCAGCAGCCACGACGCCGCCAACUUCGACAACAACGAGCUCGAGAACAACCAGGUGGUGGCCAAGUUGGGUCACCUGGCGCUGGGCCGCGCCCCGGGCCCGCUGCCCGCCGACGCCUCGGCCGCCGCCAUCCCGUGCGGGCCUCGCGAGCGCCCGCGGCCCGCAUCGUCGCCGGCGCUGCUCGAGGCUGACCUGCGCUUCCACGCGACGCGCGGACCCGACGUGAGCCUGUCCGCCGACCGCAAAGUGGCCUGCGCGCCGCGGCCCGACGGCGGCCGCACGCUUGUCUUCUCCGAACGCCCGCUGCGACCCGGCGAAAGCCUCUUCGUGGAGGUGGGCCGCCCGGGGCUGGCGGCGCCCGGCGCGCUGGCCUUCGGCAUCACGUCGUGCGACCCGGGCGGGCUCCGACCAGCGGAGCUGCCGGCCGACCCCGACGCGCUGCUCGACCGCAAGGAGUACUGGGUGGUUGCGCGUGCCGGGCCCGUGCCGAGCGGCGGCGACGCACUCAGCUUCACGCUGCGGCCCGGCGGCGACGUGCUCCUGGGCGUCAACGGGCGCCCGCGCGGCCGCCUGCUGUGCGUCGACACCACGCAGGCGCUCUGGGCCUUCUUCGCCGUGCGCGGCGGCGCCGCCGGCCAGCUGCGCCUCCUCGGCACCUUGCAGUCCAGCCCUGCGACCACGUCCCCAUCAGGGUCCCUCAGCGGCUCCCAGGAUGAUAGCGAUUCUGAUAUGGCCUUCAGUGUCAACCAGUCCUCCUCAGCAUCUGAGUCAUCCCUGGUGACCGCACCCAGCUCCCCGCUGAGCCCCCCAGUGUCCCCUGUGUUCUCCCCACCAGAGCCGGCAGGCAGCAAGAAUGGCGAGUGCACGGUGUGCUUUGACGGGGAAGUGGACACAGUCAUCUACACGUGUGGACAUAUGUGUCUGUGCCACAGCUGUGGCCUACGGCUCAAGAGGCAGGCCCGCGCCUGCUGCCCCAUCUGCCGGCGACCCAUCAAGGAUGUCAUUAAGAUCUACAGGCCGUAGCCUGGCCUGCCAAUGGGCCUUGGCCAGAGCAAGGUCACCUUUCUGAAGGCCCCCUGAGCCAGACAACCACUAUGGCCACCACGGAGUCCAAGGGCAGUGGCCAUCCCAUCUGCCACUCUCCAAUGGUGGGCAAGGCGUGACAGUCAUGGAGAUGAGGCCCUGGAGGUCUGAGCCCAGGCAAGGGCUGCUUCUGGCUCAAAAGUGCUUUGCCCCCAAAAGGCCGUCCCAAAAGCAAGCUCAGGAACUGCCUAGCAGACCACCCUGUCCCUCGGUGACCUCUCGGCUGGGAAACAGCAUUCCCUGUGCAAUGCUUUUUGCUGGAGUUGGGUUGAGUGUGUGUGAGAGAGGGUGAGGGGAGGGAGUGGCCAGAGAAGAGAGAGAGAAGGUGUGUGAGCGAACGAGUGAGAGAGAACGCAUAGGUAUUUAUCCAGGGAUCCUGGCUCUGGGAGGUUAUUUAACACUAAGGAAUGUGCAAUCCAGAGCCCAGACGGUAGCGUGACUAGAAAUUGUUCACUUUCUGGGGCUGUAACGUCAGCUGGUUUUGAAUGUAUGAAGCCUGCACCUAAACAGAACUCCCUUGGAUGGUAUAGAAAAGGGACACUCAGAUUUUCUAAGGGAAGGAAAAAAUAGCUCAUUGUUUACAGCUCCAAAGCAGCAACGCCUUGGGGGGAAGGUGGGUGGAGAACAGAAAAGAACAAUUUGCUUUUUUAGUUUCUUCCUCAGUCCUGGAGAGGAGUUUUGAUGGGUGCUGCGGCCCACCGAGAGCUCUGGGUGGUGUCAUCCCCAGAAGCCUCUUCACCCCUUCACCCCAGACAGCCUAAUAAUAAGCAUAGUGCACCUUGACUCGGUCCCUCUAGAUGCUUUUCGUCUGUCCCAUCCCUUGCUGUCCCCAAGAAGAAGGCAAGCAGCAGGUUCUCUUUUCCUGGGGAGAAAGAAUCCUGGAGGCAGGUGACCCACCUGCAGUUGGAAAGGCCACCCCAUCACACAGACGGCUCUUCACAAUUCGUGUUGUCAGCCCGGGCCUGGCAUUCACCAGCAGCCGUGGGCAUCACCAGGACAGCCUGCCGGGGAGGCGGUAGGAAGAAAAGACCUUGCAACUGGUUCUGAUUCUCAGCUUCCCUUUCGCUGCUGAUUACUAAGAUGUUAAAUGAUCAUUAAGAUGUUAAGAGCUGAGACAUUAAAAUGCUGACCUUGGGACUCUCCCCCUUCCCAGAGCCAUUUGCAGGCAUUUCCUGGGACCUGGCCCUGUCCCCGACUUCCUCACCCCUGUGGAGGCCCAUGUCUGCAGACUCCCACACCACCCCCGGUCUGAUAGGCUGGCCCAGGCCGGCUCCUCCCUUCUGCCCCCAGUUCAGGGCCUAACCUCUGCCCUAUCUUGUGCUGUACUUUUAAGGAAGCCCCUGGGCCUCUCUGAUUCUCAGUUCUCAAUCUGUCCAACGUGAGGCCCAGUACCUUCCCACUCCAGAACCCAUGAGAGAACCAGCAUAACAUCUAAAAAGCCCAAGACACCCUACAAAGAACAGGUAACAUUUUUACUACAAUUCCUAAUCUGUUCCUCUGCUGCACAGAUGAUGGCAGAGAAAGGAGAACAUUCAGUUUCUGCAUUCGUAGAACACAUGUGUGCUGGGUGUCUGGGGGCCCAGAGCCCAGCCCAGUUGGGCCCUCAUCAAAUCAAAGCCUGUAAGACCAGGUGGUCUUUGUAAUGUUCUAGGCCUUGGACCACCUGCUUCUUCUCUGCCUGGAGUGGUCAUAGUGUUCUGACCUGAUCUCAACUUCAAAACCCCCACUCUUGCCCCUGCAAGAACCCCUGAUUGGUUAUUGUCCCCCUAGUGAAUCUGGGAAACUUGCCCACCUUUAAAUUUUGUGACGGAAGUUUUUGGGGAGGACAAGAGCCAGAGACGCUGGGUAGCACUCAGUGCCCAGCUGCGUCUGGCCAGCAGGAGCCUUCCACUUUCCCCAUGUAUGGGCCCAGACCACGUGGGAGAGGACUUGUGACCUCCUCCCCACCAGACCUGGUUCUCCAGGCAGCAGUGCCCGCUGACCGGAUUGAGCCAGUCACAAGCUGUGGUGGUCCUCGAAGCCAGCGGGAGGCAGCUGGUCUCCGCUGCCUCUUGCCCUUCCUAACUGCCCCCACCCCUGGGUUCCAGCCAGGGCCAUGUACAGCCACCACCAGGAAACCAGUGACUGAGGGCCUGGACCCGACGUGGACCGGGCCAUGCUCCUGGUGACCUGUUACCUGGAUCAAAAGGAGCUGGUGGCCUGUUUAACUUGCUCUGCAGCUGCUAUAAAUAGCCUCCCUGUUUCCAAGAGGAAUUAAGGGGGUGUUUAUCUUCUAAAACCCAGACAUUUCCUGAUGCUCUAAAGUGAUUUAUUCAGUGCUAUAGAGGAGCUGCUCACGUGGCCCUCACAUGGCGGGAGAAAGAGGAAAGGGAAGCCCUCUCUUUCACUUCCCGUCAUUACGCGCUGCGGCGCCGGGCUGGAGAGGCGUCUCCACGCAUCGAUCCUGUGAGGCAGGUCUUCUUACCCCACUGGGCCACAUCUAAAACACCACCGAUGGUAAAAUACACAAUUUUAUGUACCGCUAAGGGAAAAAAUGCAAAUAUAACUGUAAGAUACCACAGCUAUAUGAUUCAUUCUAAUCAGACUUGAAAUGUGGGGGGAAAAAAAACCAGCUGUGCUAUUUAGAAUUGACAAACCAUGGUAUUAUUCCCAUUUGACAGGUAAGAGAACUGAGGUCCUGUGAGUGAAGUGAUAAGAUCACAUGCAAUAGGUGGUAGGGCUGGGAUUCAAACCCAGGAGCGUCUGGUGCUGAAUUCCACUCUCUCAGCUGCCUGGCCCCAAGCCCCGGAAAGCUUGAGAUGGCCUUGAGUUUUCUUUCUUGAAACUUCUCUGGGCAGCCCCUGGAGAGAGCCUGGGCACCUGUGCCUGUAUGGAGGUUUCCAGCCCCAGGCUGUGGUCCCUCUGCCACCCAUACCCUAGAAGGACAAGUGUCCUUCCUUUCAGGCUCACCUUCCUGCUGCCCACCUUCUCCUGGCAGAGCUGAGCUAUGUGAGAUCCUGAGUCCAGCCUGAAGGCCUCCUUUGGUGACACAGGGGUGCACGUAUGGGGCAACUUCGGGGAGGGGCUGAGGGCAUUGUCCCACCGCCUUCCUGGGCUUCAACACUGCCACCCCCUCAGGCAGGGACGCUAGGGCUAAGAAGGGGGAGACCAGAAGAUACUCUCUUGUUGUGGUCUUGUGCCUGGUUAUUUUGAACCACCAGAGAAACUGGGCUCUUUCCAAGUCAACACAAGCUCCUUUUCCUAGUCCAUUCCCAGAACUGGGAGGCUGCUGGGCUUUAGCUGCUCAGGGCAGCUGCCCCUCUACAUGCGAUAACACUUUGCUAAACACCCACUCAUCAGCAUGGCCUGUGUUCUGGACACGGUGUUGGGAACUGGGCCUGAAGACAGAGCCGCAGGGAGCAGACAGUCCAGGGCUGGACAGAUUUUUAAACUUUUAUUUGCUCCCUCCAGCGCUGGGUCCUGUGCUAGUAUAGUAGGUACUCAUUAAAGAUUUACGGAAGAAAUCCGAAAUCAAGUUACAAGGGCUCAGGGGUUUGGUAAAACACCACAUAUACAUGCACACAAAGUCAUUCAACAAGCAUCUGCUGCAUGCCUACUAGGUGUGGGGUGCUGGGAACGCGGAGCAGAGAGGACAAAACCCUAGCUCUGCCUUCAGAGGCAGAGACAUUAGAGGGUAAUGAGAUGCUAGGGACAGAAUCUUUGGGCUUUCUUGGCCAUUCUCUUGCCUUUGGGGAUCUAUUCUGGUGAGUGCCCAUGACUGCUCUCCUGACCCAGAGCCUGCUGCGUGCUUCGAGAAGCCUCCUCUGCAUUAGAAGUGCCAGGCACCUUGUCAGUGAGCUGCUGCCAAAAUGGCCUUGGGCAGAACCCUCAAAGGCCCCACCGCUGGAUGAUUACCCUCAGGUCCCACCAGGGAGACCCGUGGGGAGAGGGCUACCUGCUACUUUCAGGCUUGGGAGUGGUUGCUGGAAACAAUACCUAGGUCCCCGGGGAGCCCCGUCAGUUCCAGUUGAGAAUGGGCUUGUGCAAAGUCUUGGAGAACGAGAGGCAGUAACCUCCCCCUGCCCAAUCCCAUCCCUGCCCCAGUUCUGGCAGAGGGACGCCUGCUCAGGAACACGUGGCAUUUCUUGGUAUUUAAUUGUCUUCCCCAAGCCCCUAAUGAAAUGACUUGUACACCAAUCUGUCUGUGCCUUACGAAAGUGUCUGUGCACUUUUUAUCCUUUUUAAAAGCAACUUUAAAAAGUGGGCAGGGGACUAGCAUACAUAGUGGUAUUCUAGAAAUAUGUGCUCAUCACUGAAACCCUUCUGCAUUAUGUUUUUGAUGUAGGAGUGAUGAAGUGUACUCUCUCAUCCCAUCCCCCCCACUACCUGUAUACAGACCUUUUUUAAAAAUGUCUCUUUUCUUAUUUUUCUGAUUCAAUACUGUGACUUCUCCAAUACAAUCUAAUCUUUGGGGAUCUGUAAUAAAGGUUUUAAAACUUGGGGGGAGUGGGUUGGAAAGGGUU